UUCAGCAACAACCAGAACUACAACUCAAGUUUGCCUAUAUAGCUGAAAGAGAGUCUAGUUCUUCUCAUCAAUACAACUCUAACCAGACUAAAGCCCUUUGCUAUUAUUGUAGUGAUCCUGAACAUUUUAUUGCUGACUGUAAAAAAAGAAGAAAAGAAACAGAGAUAAAAGUCAAACUUGAGAUAGAAAUUAUAGAGACCAAAGUCAAUCUUAUGACAGAAAUUACAGAGACAGAUCUAGAGAAAGAAGCCAAGAAAGAUGAACAGCCUGAGAUAAGUGAAAACACUAUCUUUGAGGAGAGGAAAGAUGAAGAAAAAAACCAGAUUAUUAAUCGACUAGAAGCUAAAGUCCAAUACUUAGAGGAAAAUUUUGAAAAGAUAUAG